GCGCCGCGGCAGCGCUGUCAGCGCCGCUGUCCGAGGGGCCGGGGGGGCCCUGCCGGAGCGCCCGAGCCGGCAAAGAGAACAGUUCUGCAGUAUCUGAGGAUGGAUAAAGACUUCCGCUACUACUUCCAGCACCCCUGGUCUCGCUUAGUUGUGGCUUACUUAGUGAUCUUCUUUAACUUCUUAAUAUUUGCUGAGGACCCAGUAUCUCACAGUCAGACAGAAGCCAAUGUUAUUGUUGUUGGUAAUUGUUUCUCCUUUGUAACAAAUAAAUACCCUGAAGGAGGAGGCUGGAGAUUCUUGAAGGUAUUUCUGUGGCUGCUUGCCAUCCUCACAGGACUGAUAGCUGGGAAAUUUCUCUUCCAUCAGCGCCUGUUUGGUCAGUUGCUCCGUCUGAAAAUGUUUCGAGAGGACCACGGGUCUUGGAUGACGAUGUUCUUCAGUACCAUCCUCUUCCUCUUCAUUUUUUCUCACAUUUAUAAUCUGUUCCUCAUUAUGGCAGGGAAUAUGAGUGCAUACAUUAUAACAGACUUCAUGGGCAUCAGGAAUGAAAAUUUUAUGAAGGUAGCUGCAGUUGGGACUUGGAUGGGAGAUUUUGUCACAGCAUGGAUGGUCACUGAUAUGAUGCUUCAGGACAAACCCUACCCAGACUGGGGAAAGUCUGCCAGAGCCUUCUGGAAGAAAGGAAACAUUAGGAUCAUUUUAUUCUGGACGGUUCUGUUUACUCUGACCUCUGUAGUUGUGCUUGUCAUCACUACUGACUGGAUCAGCUGGGACAAGCUGAAUCGUGGAUUUCUGCCAAGUGAUGAGGUCUCGAGAGCCUUCUUGGCUUCUUUCAUCUUGGUGUUUGACCUUCUUAUUGUCAUGCAGGACUGGGAGUUUCCACAUUUUAUGGGUGAUGUUGAAGUGAACCUUCCAGGCUUGCCAUCUGCACACAUGCAGUUCAAAGUACCUUAUUUCCAAAAGAUCUUCAAAGAGGAAUAUCACAUACAUAUAACAGGAAAAUGGUUUAACUACGGAAUCAUCUUCCUUGUUUUAAUAUUGGAUCUGAAUAUGUGGAAGAACCAAAUAUUUUACAAACCUCAUGAAUAUGGUCAAUAUAUUGGUCCUGGACAGAAGAUCUACACAGUGAAGGACUCAGAAAGCUUGAAAGACCUUAAUAGAACUAAGUUGUCUUGGGAAUGGAGAUCUAAUAACACUAACCCACUGACCAACCGGACCUAUGCUGAAGGAGACAUGUUCUUGCACAGCAGAUUCAUAGGCUCUAGCCUUGAUGUCAAAUGCCUGGCUUUUAUCCCAAGUUUGCUGGCUUUUGCUUUGUUUGGCUUCUUCAUCUGGUUCUUUGGGCGAUUUCAGAAAACUGACCAAGGCAUGGAGAAUUUAGACAAGUCCUACACAAGAAUGAAACGAAAGUCACCAUCAGAUAUGGGAAUGACACGAGAAAACACACAGGUGUUAGUAGAAGAGCCAUUAAGCUUUCAAGAACCACAUCUUGUAUCCAUAAAAUCAGACUUAAGUGAAAUAGUUUUUAAUUCUUCACUCCUAACUUCUGAAAACUUGAACGCACAACUGAAUGAACAAGAUAGCCCUUUACAGCCAGUACCAGAGUCCUCUGUCCCUAAGAGUAAUCCUGUGACAUAGAGGCAAAUACCCAGGAAAAUCAGUUUAAAUAAGCAGUUACUAUAAGUAACUGUUACUUAUAGUAAGUAAGCAGUUACUAUAAGAUUUCAGUUUUACCUUUUGUAAGCUAAGAUUUACAUAGUGUUUAGAAUAAGAAACUCAACCUAUACCAAAAGGUGCUCAGCAUGCUUUUUCUAGGAAUUUUGGGUUUUCUUUGUAUUAUAGUACGUGCCUACUGUAUAACUAACAUUCCUUUAUAGAUUGCUUCCCAAAAUUGUACAAGCUAUUUAUUGAUACUUUAUCUGUAUAGUAGUGUAUUAGAUGAUUACCUGCAGGUAUAAAAUUCUACCGUGGUGGUGCCUUGAGACAUUAAACUGUUUUUUAACUCAACACCAGUUGUAUAGCACAGUUCUUCUAAUCUAUUUUGCAAAGCUUUUUGUAUAUGGUUCUUUCAAGUAUCAUUUGAUGUCUUGACAGAGGAGAUAAAUGUAGCUAUUCCUCAAGAACAGUUUCUAUUACGACAUCACAACUUGACUUUGUUAUUUACUCAUCUGUGAAGCUAGUGACUUUGAUGACCAGACUGCAGAGAAGCAUGUUGAUUACCUUUUAAUUUUAGCUGGCUAGCUGCCAAGCAGAAAUACAGAUUCAUUAUGUGGUAAACAGCAGAGUGAUAAUAGAGUAUGGGUCACUACUUGUGAAAAUAUGACUUUCUCCAUCAAUAAUAGCAGCUAGGUGAUAAUGCCUAAUUAUAUUUUAUGUAAUUAAAAAUAAACUGCUCCUUGAUAAAAGGCUUUACCCUUCACCUUUUAGAAACAGAGGUGAAAUUACAUGGUUGAAGCAACUCUUUCCAUCAUCACAUCAAACCUAUGCAAUAUCAAAGAGGCAAUAGAGUGACUACAUUAAAGGACACAAAGCCCAUUAAAUCCAGCAUUUGUGCAGGUCAGUGCAGAUAUGGUCUGGACAUACAUGAAGCAUGCAUAUGAAGCACACCACACAUAGGCAGUCUGUGUUCUCUAAAUACUGAAGAAAUGUUUAAGGUUUCUAAUUAAAACAGAUUAAUAAUUCAGUUUUAUUUUACCCUUCCUGCCACCUUCCUUCAUUAUCCAUGAAUAAGGGUAACCUGGAAAAAGAAACGUAGAGAAACUGGGGUUUUUUGCUUUUUUGAAGGGGACUUUGUAACGUGAAUUUCUCUGCUGUAGGAUUGAUAUGUGUGCACUAGAGAAAACUGCAUAUCUGAAACAUCAGAAAGACUCUGAUUUUACUGUAAUUUAGUUCUAUAAAUUGUUGUUACAAGUUACUAAAUAAGAAGUCAUUUUAAGUCUGAAUUGUUUCCCUGUCAUUUACUGGUGUUGCUGUAUUUUGUCUUUGUGACUUUUUUAUCUCUGUUGUUUUGAUCCAUCUGCUUUUAAGUUUUCAGAAUGCUGAAUUUAGCAUGCAUAAUAGAACUAUGCAUUUAUUAACUGUCACUUGAGAGCCAGCUUUAAUAAAUAUCAUUAAACAAUUAUUUAUUAUAAGGCAGGAACAUAUUCUGUUAGUUUUCCAAUUUUUUAAAACAUUUUAUCCAUGCAUCGUCCUAGUUAAAGUCAUAAAUAUUUCUGACACUAAAUAAGACAGUAAUGUCAAAAUCAAAUAUUUUUCUUAUGUAACAUUUAAUAUUUCAUCAGGAGAAAGUUUACUUUGUAAUCGGACUAAAUUUUUAUCUGUUAAAAAUUAUGACUAAAAAUAAAUCUAUUAGCUUUUGCCUACUGCAGCCUAGAAACUUAAUUGACUUAAGUUACAGUCAAAGACAAAGCCAUUAAUUCCUAAUGGCAAAACACUGUGAGGUCCUGCUUGUACUAUUUGAGAAGUGACUGUAUCGAUGUUUGACUUCCAAAAAGUAUUUGAUUUGUUAAGUAUGUACAGAAAUAGCUGAUUAUUGUUGCAGAUUCAUGCUUCUCUGUAUGUUUUGGACACUGUAAAUUCAAGUACUGACAAUCCCUAGUUAGCUCAUUUCUCCUUUUUGUGCAUGGGAGUGGUUAAAUCCAUUAAUAUGUAGGCAGAAAAUGAAAGAAUUACUUGAGCCUUACAGCUUGCGUGAUUACAUGACUGAGAAAACUGUUAUUAAGCAACUGAUCCGCAGCUAAAAUAAUUCUUUGACCUCACAUUGAGUUAAUGUUUUUAAGGUCAUUACAAGCCUGCAUGAAAGAGAAAAAAGCAUCAAGUAACCCUGGCUUCCGCGUGAGUAUUUAAAUUAAUGGUCAAGCAGAGAGAUUACUUGUAUCAUGAAUUCUUAAAAGAUUGAGUGUAGCCACUCACCCUGGUCAACUCAUCAACUUAAUGAAAGGAGAAAAGACUCCUCAGUUGUGUGGGAGUCUCAUUUGUAAACACAGACACAGAUGGGAGAAAAAAAGGAGUAUUUCUUCUCUCCAUUUCCAGUGUUGAGUUUGAAAAGCCUGAGUUAGGCGGCUGGGCUUACCCUGAGCUCUUUCUGAAGCAGGCGAAGACUUGGAAACUGAAGACCCUAAAGGUGAUUCAGUACUUUGGUCACUUGUCUCUGCAUUGGUUAGUAGCGCAACUGAGCAGGAAUGGGUUUGUGGAGUUUAAACAGUUGGUGAAGAGAUCGCGGUGCCCACAGUUUGUGUAUUACAGGGUUUUACUUCAGUUUAGCUCUUGUCUGGCCCUUAUAAACUGAAUGCACCAUAGCGGCUGGAGUACAUUCUGGACAAAACUCAUUCAUGUGCAGAGACCAUGCAGUUUGGAUUAUGGGAGACAGUCCUUAAGGGCAAGGGAGCCCACGCGUGCUGGGCGCUCUUCAAAAAUGAAGUCCUAGCAGCUGAGGAACAUGCCAUCCCUAUGUUCUGGAAAAGGAGCCGGCAGGGGAAAAUACCAGCUUGGUUGAGUAGGGAGAUCUUGAGAGAUAUCAAAAAGAAGAGGAAUGUCUAUGAGCUUUGGAAGAAGGGACAGGCGUCUUGGGUAGACUACAGGGAGGAAAUGAGAUCGUGCAGGUUAAAAAUCAGGAGUGCUAAGGCCCAACUAGAAAUCAAACUGGCUAAGUCUGUGAAAGAUAAUAAAAAAUCUUUCUACAAAUACAUUAACAAGAAAAGGAGGACUAGGGAGAAUACUCAGUCCCUAUUGGAUGCAGAAGGAACAACAGUGACAAGGGAUGAAGACAAGGCUGAGAUACUUAAUGCCUUCUUUGCCUCAGUCUUUAAUAGUAAGGGAAGUUGUUCCCCCUGUGUACAAACCCAGGAGUUAGAGGAGCGGAGUGCAGCUCCCAUGAUCCAAGAGGAGGUGGUUAGAGACUCGCCCAGCUAGACACCCACAAGUCUAUGGGGCCGGAUGUCUAGUAGGGGGCCCAAGUCUAGCAGGUCCAGAGAGGUUAUUCUCCCUCUGUACUCGGCACGGGUGAGACCGCACCUUGAGUACUGUGUUCAGUUCUGGGCCCCUCACCACAAGAAGGAUGUUGAGGCUCUGGAGCGUGUCCAGAGAAGAGCAAAGAAGCUGGUGAAGUGGCUGGAGAACAAGUCUUAUGAGGAGUGGCUGAGAGAGCUGGGGUUGUUUAGCCUGGAGAAGAGGAGGCUGAGGGGAGACCUUAUUGCUCUCUACAACUACCUAAAAGGAGGUUGUGGAGAGGAGGGAGCUGACCUUUUCUCCCAUGUGACAGGGGACAGGACAAGGGGGAAUGGCCUCAAGCUCAGCCAGGGGAGGUUCAGGCUGGAUAUCAGGAAAAAAUUUUUCAUGGAAAGGGUUAUUGGGCACUGGCAGACACUGCCCAGGGAGGUGGUUGAGUCACCUUCCCUGGAGGUGUUUAAGGGAUGGGUGUACGAGGUGCUGAGGGGCAUGGUUUAGGGAGUGUUAGGAAUGGUUGGACUCGAUGACCCAGCGGGUCCUUUCCAACCUAGUCAUUCUAUGAGAGAGUAAGGGAACACAAUCUAAACUCCAUUUCUGAGCUGAUCUACUAAUGCAGAGUUAUCCUUAGUAUUCUCCUGAAGCAACUUGUCUUGCUCCAUGGACUGCAGAAGAGUCCAUGGGUGGCUAAUUAGAAUGCCUGAAACUGGUUACCCGAAGUGGAAAUGUUCCAUCUCCAAGCACAUUCAUUGGAUUUGACUAUUGUUCAUUAUUAAUAUGCCGAAAUGCUUUAUGAGGUCAAACCACUCGGCAAUGUUUUCUGCUCUAGUACCCACCACUGGAACCAUGGUAGGGAUGGUUGGCUUCUUCCUUCAAGUCUAACUAUUGCACAAAUAUUUUCAGUCUUUUUUUCUUUUUUCUUUUCCUCAAGAAGCUGAAGAAUCCAUAGAAGGGAAGAAACUUGAAGAAGUGUCAAUAUUUUCACACAUUACACAAGUCUCCACUCUGCCCUCUAUAAUAAACCAUCUAGUAGCUGCCAUCACUACAGGCCUGGCCUAUGUCUGCUUUGACAAAGAUCAUAUUUGUUACAAUAGUUCUUUUUUUACCAUGGAUACACUAUACAGUGAUGAAUGGUCGAUACUGCCUAAAAUAGUGCACAUAGAAGAAAUAUCUCUAGGCUAAGCACAUAAGAUUUAUGAGCCCACAGAUGCCUAUAAAUUACUUUAGCAUCCUCGAAGAAUUACCUUUGCUGAGAUGGAAGUGACACGGAACAAAGAGAAAGUAGGAGUAUUUGUAGAAAGUGCCUUAAAUAUAAUAUUAAUGCUUAUGAAAGUGAAUGUGUGUAUGUGUAAGUAUGUUGGGAGCUUAGGGAUUAGUUGAUUCUGUUGGGGGAAAGUGCUGAGUCUCUCAAGCAGGUGAUGCGCUACUACUCUCUUUAUUCUACAUUGCUCCAUGAGUUAGUUACUCCAGAUUGCCUCAUCUCCUCUGCCUCCCUUCCUAUAGCCUAGAAAAUGCAAAACCAAAACAGAAUAUUUAAUUGCACAGUCUGCUUCCCAAAAUUAUGGCUUGUCUAAUUUAUGCAGAAAGUAAAUUUGUCUUUUUCAAAAGAUUUCUGUGUUCUCCAUCAUACUCUGAGCUUCUGCACUAUAUUACAGAAUGUGUUAAAUUAUUGGUUUUCCUGUGGAGAAUAGUCUCCAUCAUGACACCCACUUAGAAACAAAGAUCAGACAGCUCUCAAAGACUGGAAAGACAGCAACUCAGAUGCUUAGUAGACUGGCAAGCUCAUUUUCCCAGAAAUGAACAGGUUAUGACUUACUAGUGAAAGAUGUAGUAGGUUUCUAGUGCAUUGCUCUUAAUUUUAACAAACUCCUAGGAGGGGCUUAGUGGGAGAGGACUUUUCAUCUCAGGCCAUAAAGUUGAAGUAGUUACAGUCCUGAAAGCAGUGUGUUUCAGUUUAAGUUGCAUUUAGAAGCAACCUUAAACUUUGAGCAGAUUGCAGGAACCAUAAAAAUUAAGCAGACCAAACUGUGAAUAAGAAUAUAAAGUUGAUUCUCUUGUAGCUGCCCAGUGCAGGAUAUAGACAAAAUACACAGAUGUUAAAGUGACCCUGUGCUUGGGAUUAUGGACAGUGACAUGCAAAGAUUCAAACUGUAUUUAUUAACGAACAGUUGCAGUUCGUUUAUCAACAGAGAUGCCACUGCAAGCACCAGACAGCCCAGCUCUUCUAUACGGUCCUCCUAUCCAUCAAACAACAAUAGGGUUGUUCAUUUCCCUGUGCACUCAAAACUGUCCUGUGACGAGUCUGGGCUCUCUGAAUGUGAUGUAGCAUGUCAUUGCAAUGUCUAAUAAACUCCAAGUAGGAUAACCAAGGGCAGGCAAAAGAUCGAAGUCUGGUGCGUGAGUUCCACAGCCAUGACAUGGAGAAGAAUGGCUUAUGUGACCAUUUCAGAGGCAAAUCAAUAUAAAUGGAAGUCCUGUUUCAUAGGAACAUGAAGGGACAAAUGGAGAGACAGCAAAUCACUAGAAAACCUUUCCAUCCUCUUUCCGAUAUCAAAUAGAAGCAGCAAGUCCCUGUUCCCAAAUGCUCUCAAACAAUUCUCAUCUUCUAGAUGACUUCUGGGUGAGUAGAUCUUCUGGGUGACUAGGUUUUAAUACGAUUUCCCUCCUAACACUUCUUCUGCAUGGGGGAUGCCAGCAGGUUUUCACUGGGGAAAAGCGGUAGCUUUCCUAAUGGGAAGUAGGAAAGAAAUUAUGAAGGAGAAACUCCAGGAGGUGAUACUCUCCACAGCAAACUCUUUACUGGAGAGAGGAAAAGCAUAAAUCCAACUGCUUUGCAAAGUGGAGUAAAUUAACAUCAAAUCCCUUCAGAAAAAUAUGCUACAGCAGAAGCACAGUCACAGAGAUGCUUCUAAUCUCAUGCUUUUCUUUGAUGUGUAUCAGUUGCGGGCUGCAGAAGAGCAACUUAUCUGAUGCCUGCAGGCAGGUUAUAGACCGGGGUCUCACGCUGCUUUGUGACAUCUGGAGCACUUCUCUGCAUAUUGAAUUCCUUCUUCUCUUCCUUUUCUUUUUUUAAUUCCUUUUCCCUAAAGUCUGUUUCAUUCUUCUGUUUUUAUUUCCAAUAAAUUUUUAUUGUUAGUGACCUAAACCACCAAUCACCCACCAAAGGCCCAUAAUUGCUGUUAUUGAUGCAGUACCAUCUGUACACAGGCUUUGCUCAGCCAAGGACAUUCUGCUAAAGUAGCAACAGGUUUCUUUAUGAAGACUCUGACACAGUCUAGGGACAGAUCUAGUGCAAAUAUGGUUCAUUGCAAUACUUUAUGGUACAUCCAGAAAUGUUUUCGGUCCUUCUAACCAGGGUCCUCCAUGAAAAAUUACAAAUUAAUGUUUACAGACAGUUAUUUUUAUGACUCAAUGUAUUUAUUCAAGAAGAUGCAUAACUGUGCAAAUUCUUUAAAACAAGCAGAGCUCUGUGUCUCCUGUUGCAAACAACCUGCCUUGCUCUCAGCUACAUUCAAAGGAAAUGUGAGAUACAUGAACAUAAUAGAUGUUUUCUUCAAGUCUGCCUUCAUUCUAGCUUUUCAGUUUCUGGGGAAAGGCGUAUUUUUGCCUGUUCAUGCACAGAGCGCCAAUGCAUCCUACCUGCCACAGCUUCAAGAUGGGGGAUUUUAAGAAAAGAGCAAGAUCCUUUCUUCUCUUUAGUCAGACAAGUACUGUUGGUGUGGCUGGCCAAUGUCUGAUUCCUACCUAUUGUCAGGGAAAUGAGAAAGACAAGCAGAAAGGAGUCAUAGUAGUAAAAAACUAAGUGCAAUAUUUGUUUCCCAAAGGUCAAUACUGUCUGCUUGUUUGCUUCCUCCUUUUUGCUGUCUUUCAGACAGAUGCUUUGAGAUGGAUCAGAACAUUUUCUCAGCUAUCAACUAAUUUUUCCCAUUGUUUCUUUCCCCAAGGGAUCCAUUCUUCCAUUUCCCCACUAUUUAAAUUUCUUCAGUUCUGAAGAUCCUCAAAAUCAUUCUGCAGUUUCCAUCCAGGCUCUUCCUUUUCUCUCUGCUUACCUCCUGUUCACUUUCGUAAGUUCAUAGGUAAAUUCAGAUUUGAAGGGAUUUCUAGCCAAGCUCUUGCACAAAUCCAGGUUGGCUCUGAGCUAAAACCAGGUUUCUCAGGGCUUUAUGUUUACAGGUCUUGAAAAUAUCCAAGGAUGGAGACUGCACAACCUCCCUGGGCAAUUUGUUCCAAAACCUCCUCAGUAUUGCUGUAUAAAUGUUGCCCCUGGUAGAAAUCUCUGGAAGAGAUUCCCAGUAGGAAAAAGUGAUUAUCAAACUAUGUGCAAACAAUAACAAGUGACACAUUGUGAAGCCAAAGGUGUGAAGAAGUGAGUGCAGCUCUGUUCAGGUACACUUUGCCCUGUGGGAGUGAAUCCACACCAACUCUCACUAAGUGCUACAUUGGCGUAACUGAAAGCAAAAAAAUGGCAUUCAAGCAUUGAAGAAAAUCAAGAUGGUUUCUUUGUGAUGCUGAAGUUAAUUGUAAUUAUAAUUCAUAUUGAUGUAACUGGUAUCUGUUUAUUGCCUCGUACUGUAUUUGCAUAUUGAAGAAGUCAAUUAUCUCUUCAAUUUGCAAUCCUUGGCUCAUGUAAUCAGUUACCCUGAGUGAAUGUAUAAAAUUAUUCUUGAAAGAGUCAUCCUUUAUUAUAUUUCAUCUAGAAGAACCGGUAGCACCCAUUAAUAGAAUGGAUUAUUACAUUUUUUAAAACCUAGGAAACAAAUUGAAUAGCUGAUCUUAUGCAUUGCUUGAGUCAUUAAUCUAUGCAGCCAUACUGUGAUCUUUAUUAACUGAAAAAUCAUUUAGAUCAGCUGAAAAAAAAAGACUUCUUCCUUCUUGGGCUUCCAUUCAUAUUGACUUUCAAUUACUGGCCUCAUGUAUGUCUGCACACACGAGAGUGUUAGAAUUGGUCUCCAAAAUGAAAAACAGAUUAGAAACCUAUGCUUGCAUGGAAUGUGGAUGAAGGCUAGGCUGGUCAGGGGGUUGUUUUGUUUUAAUUAAGUUUUUCCCACUACAACUAAGGAGUUCUUCCCUCCCAGCCAGUGUAGCAGAGGUAAUUAGAAGAAAGCUGGCCCCAUUCAAGUUCUUGUCUGGGAAGGAGGCAGAUUGCUUAAAGAAACGUGAAAGGGAGAAGGACAACUUUGCAGAAAAGCAGGAUUUGUGAGCAGUAAAGGAGAGGAUGUACAAAGAUCAAAGAAAUCAAUACAAUUUAAUCCACAUUUGUGUCUUAAAGCAGUCAUUUGUCCAAAGAGCCUGGGUGAUUUUAAAAGAUAGAAAGGCAAAGGAAGAAGAGCUAGGUAAUAAGAGAUGAUCUUAUUAAAAAAUAGUUUUAAAAAAAAUAUUAGUGGACUCUUCCUCCUUUUAAAUAGAGAUACAUGUCAAUGGUGACAGUUUCUGAGACAGUGUAUCCCUUGCUGACCUUUCCUUUGAGAGAUUUAAGGGGAUAUAAAGAGAGUUGAUGUGCUGGUGACUACUAAGUCUUUUGGACUACAAAACAUAUGUUAAGACAUAGUCACAGUUUCAGUAUUCAGUUGUUCACAAAACCAUUUGUUGAAAGCAGUAUAGCUUGAGCCAACAGCAGCUGGAGUUAAUAUAUUCCAGAACUGCAGCAGCUCCACCUGCUCCAGAUGUUUGAGGACCUUUGUGAGGUUCACUCCCUGUUGGCUGUGGCAGCCUUGCCAGGUAACGCUGCUGAGGAUGCACGUAUGGCUUAGCUUCUGUGUCAUCCAGUGAUAACACAAACUGGAUCCCACAAGUACAGAUAAUUUCUAGUAAUCAUUGUUUCUGUGUUUCCAUGAUUACUGGAAAGAAAAAAAAAUCUAUUUUUGCUACAUGAAACUAUAUAAGAAAGGAACAUUUUCCAAAAUCUGUGCAAGGUUAAAAUUAAAUUGUGAGCAGACAACAUAGUCAUUUUCACUUUCAAUGUGCCAUCCCUGUAUUCCCUUUCCACCCCUUCCGUCACUUCUGACCUGAACAAAUCCCUCCAACUCCACAGGAAAGCUAGUCCUCAGAAAUAAUCCCAAAGGGGGCAGAGAUCAACCUCUUUCCUAUGGGGUCCUGGAGAGACUUCAGGCAUCAUUCAUUCAAAAAGAAAAAAUGUAAAAGGUUAUUGAUUCCAAGGUCUAAAGAGUUUGUUAUUUAUAUAAAUGCGGCUAGAGCAGAUGUGGCAGAAGUUGACAGUGACCUCCUGCUCUAUUUUCACAGCAAGUCUGCCUAUGAGGGCCAGUAUAAUUAUUUGUUGAACCUGUCAGCUAUGGGCAGGCUUAGUGUGUAGCAUUUAAUGAAAUUUCCCUGGAAAUGUGUGUUGUUGC